AAAAAUGUAUGGUGCUACUGGCCAGUUUUUCAGACAAGAAAUAUGAUCAAAGAUGAGCCCGAUUACCGAGAUGGCGACCGUGUAGACGAACACGGUCGGCACGAGCGGCGCAAAAAGAGCCGAUCGCCCUCCUCCCGCAAACGGCGCUCAUCCCGGGAGAGACGCCACAGAUCCAGAUCGGGAUCCAGAGACAGAGAGAGGAAGGAGAAGGAAAGUAAUGCGCCUAGGAACAAACACGGUCGCAUUAGCAAGAGGAGGAAGCCCUCUAUCUACUGGGAUAUGGCACCAGAGGGUUUCGAGCACAUGACGCCGAUGCAGUACAAAGCACUCACAGCAUCCGGACAACUACCAGCGUCUACCUUCGCUCCUGGAACUCUGGGUCCAAGCCUGGACGGUGGUUACGUCAGCAUGCAGAGUCGUAGAAUCUACAUUGGUGGGAUACCUUUUGGAAUCGCGGGAGACCAAAUGGUCGACUUUUUCAACCAGAAGAUGCACGAACAAGGUCUGGCUGUAGGUCCAGGCAAUCCAGUACUUGCAUGUCAGAUUAAUAUAGACAAGAACUUUGCGUUUUUGGAGUUCAGAACGCAUGAAGAAACAACAGCAGCGCUUGCAUUUGAUGGCAUCAUACUUAUGGGUCAGCCUUUGAAGUUAAGAAGGCCUAAAGAUUACGUGCCUACAAGUGCAAGUGAAGUGGGUUUGGCUCCUGGAAGUUUAAGUGGGGGAAUCGCGCCUUGUGUUUCGGACUCGAUUAACAAGAUUUUUAUUGGUGGAUUGCCCAACUACUUGACAGACGAUCAAGUGAAGGAACUGUUGCAAACAUUUGGUCAAUUGAAGUCUUUUAGUUACGUGAAGGACCCAGCCACUAAUUUGAGCAAAGGAUACGCUUUCUGUGAAUAUCUGGACGGGAAUAUCACGGACGAGGCUUGUGCUGCUCUGAACGGGAUGCAACUGGGGGAGAAGCGGCUGGUUGUGCAGAGAGCGAGUGUGGGAGCCAAGACUCAGCAGGUGUCCAGUCAGCAGAUCAACAAUGUCCCAGUGGUGCCACAGCUGCCAGGACUGGACGCUCAGAAGGUGGCAACUGGCGCUGUCAAUCCAUUCAAGAUGGGAAAACCGACUGAAGUGCUUUGUCUCAUGAAUAUGGUCAGUAAUUCAGUAGUUAAUUUAAGCGCCGAUUAUUUGUUUUUCCAGUGUAAAGUUCCUAAAAAGCGUCGAAAUCUUCUGCACGGUCGGAAUUCAGCUGUGCGUUGAGGUAUAUUGUCCACAU